GUUGAAGACACCUCUCCACCUGACCUUUCUUCAGGGGUUUCAGGGCUCAUGCUUCUGUUUCCUUUGGCGUAACUCCUUUCCAGCCCUGCAACAGCAGAGAUCCACGUGCUCCUGUGAACACUGACACGCAGUUAAAUUAUCGCUUCCAGGCCUGCCUUAAACCCAUCAGAGCCAAGACUGAGACUUCAUCCUUAACUCACCUCCUUGGCAUCAACGCAUCAAAAGAUGGGGAAGGCCAAUUAAACCUUGUUGACUCCAACUCCCAGCUUGGGCCAGAAGUGGAAGGACUAAAUCGUGCCUUGGCCAAUGCUACAUUGGAUCUCGCACAGGACAGCGACCUACCAGCGGAGACCCAUGUCUGGCAUGCGUCGCUGUCUGACCUGUCUGCGCACCCCAUAAGCUUCGCAGCCUGCCUUGUAAGUAUGCAGUGUGCCCCAGAGAUGAGACAGCUAUUGGGAUUACAGUGGCGCACGCUGGACAAUUUAAUCGCAGCUCCGGUCUUGCAGAAACAGAUGUAUUCACAAGGAACUCUGUCCAUAGCGUGCAGGCUAAAGAUGGAUCCCAAACUCAAGCAGAUUUUGCCAGAGGUUCCCAGGUGAUGCCGAUGAUGGGUUUUGGGAAUGCAUCCCAAAGGAAUCAAAUAACAUCAUGCCUCAGCUGCAGGCAUGUCGGUGGAAGAUGGCCCUUAAUGAUAACAUCCCACAGACUCGACCCAGGCUGCUUAUGGUGAGGCCAACAGACAUGGGAUGCUCCUGGAAGUGGAAUGAAGCCUUGCCGGUCAGUUGCCCAUCCAGGGAAACUCUCAGCUCUUCACCGUGAAGCUGCUAGUGCUAUGCUUAACAGAGCAGGGCCUGAGAAGUAUCCCUAGCAAGCAGCAGACAAUGACACCUGUCAGGGCCGUGUCCAUCCCUGGGAGUUUCCCUUGAGAGAACAAAUACAUACAAAACCUCCAGUCUGCUCUGGCCAACCAUAAGAGCAAGCACCCCUCUGUCCUCUGCUGUCUCCCUCCCCACACACACACACAGGUGCCAACUUCCUCCCCCAGGCAAGUGUGCAUCAUAUUGUAUGGCCAAUGAUGGAGUAACAUCUCUGGUCUACAUGCAUCCGACGAAGUGGGCAUUCACCCACGAAAGCUUAUGCUCCAAUACAUCUGUUAGUCUUAAAGGUGCCACAGGGCUCUCUGUUGCUUUCUCCCAGGUCUAGUGUGUUCUGUCUGUGGCACUCCUGAACACAGAGCCCGGGGAGCUGGUGCACAAUCCUGGUGCACAGGUUAGGUAACACAGAUGGGCUUUGUAGGCUACAGUCAUGACUGCAAAUGGUCCAGGGAGGGGUCUGCCACGGUUAACUACCUGACUGUUUAAACAGAGCAGGGCUGGGGGAAACUAGCCCUGCUCAUCUCCUUGCUUCAGGCCAGCUGGGUGCAUCCUCGCCCUGGGGGGAGUGCACAUGGGACAGAAGCAGGGACGUGGCUCAGAGUCCACAACGGGCGCACUCAGGGAGCCAGAACCAUGGGAGUGCUGGGGGUGACUCUCCUCUUUCUGGCUCCGUGGACGGAAGCCAAGGGGUAUGCCAGCUACUGGCCUUGACUCCGUCGCCUGCACGUGAAGGGAGAUAGAAGGGAAAGCCAGCCUUCAUCACCUUGUCUGGAGAAACAGAGGCAGAGAAGCUUGCCCAUUAGGAGCUGGCAAUCCAGCGGUUUGCAGCAGUAAAAGGGGGAGCGGACCGUGAGAAGCAAGAAAAAGCUGGAAGCUGUUUAAGAGAAACAAACCAGGAGGAUCCAGGUCCCAAGAUGCAGAAGAUUGGAAGGCAGAGCUUAGGAUGACCCUGGUUUUGUGGCCCACAAACACACUUCGAUGGGCGAGUGCAUGUGCAAAACUACCUUUGAAUGGGACUUUGCUAUGGGUAUUCAGAAGAUACUGAUCCAGGAAAGGACAUCAUCACAGACUGAGAGUGACAUGGUACCAUGAGCAGCAGGGACACUGACUCAACCAGAUAUGCCAGUUUCAGUGAUGGGCCUUCCAGGACUGGUGAGAAAAAUACGGUGGUUUGCAGUCCCAGUUUUGUGACCUCACAUGCAGCUUGAGGACGUGGUGGUGCAGCAACCAACUGAAAAGGUGGCGGUGAUAAGAACAUAAGAAUGGCUGUACUGUGUCAGACCAAAGGUCCAUCCAGCCCAGUAUCCUGUCUUCCACCAGUGACCAAUGCCAGGUGUCCCAGAGGGAGUGAACAGGCCCUGGAGUCUGCCCCUGUGGGGCUACUUUACCUGCCCUGUGAGGGAGCCAGAUGACCUGAACGGCCCAUGCUGGAGGCCUGUGCUCUGGACUUUGAGACAAGAGUGACACCCACCCUCUCUCCAAGGGGACACCAGAGAGAACGGGGUCCUAACUUUAAAAGUGAUGCAGUGAGUUAAAGUAAAAAGCCAAAGGGGGAUGCAGGGAGGAAGGACAAAGACAACGGGCACCUAAAGCUCGUCCCGGAUUGAGCAAAGACAGACACCCUAAUGACUAAAUCUCAGGCGCACUAUGGAUUUGACUAAAAUGGGUCUGAUACAGCUCCAGAACCCCAGCCACCCCACGGGGCUCCUGCAGAAAGCCAACCAAAUGCGCCUUGCAGGGACUCUGUGUGAUGUGGUCAUCAUGGUGGACAAUCAGGAAUUCCAUGCUCACAGGACAGUGUUGGCUUGCACUAGUAAAAUGUUUGAAAUCCUCUUCCACCGCAACAGUCAGCAUUAUACCCUGGACUUUCUUUCACCAAAGACUUUUCAGCAGAUAUUGGAAUACGCUUACACGGCCACCCUCCAGGCUAAAGUUGAAGACUUGGAUGAUCUUCUUUACGCAGCCGAGAUCCUAGAAAUAGAAUAUCUGGAAGAACAGUGUCUGAAGAUCCUGGAGACCAUUCAGGCAUCUGAUGAGAAUGAUACAGAAGUCAACAUGACAGAUGGUGGCACUGAAGAGGAGGAGGAUAGGAAAUCUAGGUACAUCAAAAACCUAUUCAUCUCCAAGCAUUCCAGCGAAGAGAGUAGUUAUGCCAGCAUGGCCAGUCAGAGUUUAACGGGGGCAAUGGUGGAGCAGAGCCCAUCUGUCUCGACUUCAUUUGGACUCUCCGCGAUGAGCCCCACGAAGGCGGCAGUGGAUAGUUUGAUGACCAUUGGGCAGUCAUUAUUGCAAGGGGCUCUACAGCAGAACGCCUCCGAGGACUUGCAUUCCACGAGCAGCCGCCACCCCAGUCUCUCCGAAGUAAAAACAGAAGUGAUGCAAGUGGAGGAGGCGUCUAGCCACGAAAGCCCAAGGACAGCAGAGUCCAGCACUUCUGGAGGGGACAAGUCGGAUGACAAAAGCAAGGAAGGCCCUGGUACUCCCACGCGUAGCAGUGUUAUCACAAGUGCCCGUGAACUUCAUUAUGCCCGGGAUGAGAAUGCAGAGCAACCCCUCGAGUUGGGCCAAGGAGUGCCAGUCGGACCGGAGCACUCGAUUUCUCAAAGCGAGAAACACCUGAGUAUAUAUUCAGUGCUACCAAAUCACAAAACUGACUCGAUGCUCAGCAUGCCAUCCUCCAUGACAUCGGCUCUUCACAUGCAGCCAGCUCUUGCCGUGUCCAUGGACUUCAGCGCUUACGGGGGGCUUCUGCCUCAAGGCUUUAUUCAAAGGGAGCUGUUCAGUAAGCUGGGUGAAUUGGCAGCUGGCAUGAAAACUGAAAACCGAGCCAUUGGUGAACAGUGCAGUGUUUGUGGCGCAGAACUGCCGGACAACGAGACGGUGGAACAACACAGGAAGCUUCACAGUGGUAUGAAGACUUAUGGAUGUGAGUUGUGUGGGAAACGAUUCUUGGAUAGCUUGCGGCUCCGAAUGCACUUACUGGCUCACUCAGCGGGUGCCAAAGCGUUUGUCUGUGAUCAGUGUGGUGCACAGUUCUCUAAAGAAGAUGCCCUGGAGGCGCACAGACAGACACACACCGGUACUGACAUGGCCGUCUUCUGCCUGCUGUGCGGGAAGCGGUUCCAGACGCAGACUGCCCUACAGCAGCACAUGGAAGUGCAUGCGGGAGUGCGUAGUUACAUCUGCAGCGAGUGCAACCGCACCUUCCCCAGCCAUACCGCCCUCAAGCGGCACCUGCGCUCACAUACAGGUGACCACCCCUACGAGUGUGAAUUCUGUGGCAGCUGCUUCCGGGAUGAGAGCACAUUGAAAGGCCACAAGCGUAUCCACACUGGAGAGAAACCGUACGAGUGCAACGGCUGCGGCAAGAAAUUCAGCCUCAAGCACCAGCUGGAGACCCACUACAGGGUGCACACAGGUGAAAAGCCUUUUGAAUGCAAGCUGUGUCACCAGAGGUCCCGAGAUUACUCUGCCAUGAUCAAACAUCUCAGGACCCACAACGGCGCUUCCCCCUACCAGUGCACUAUCUGCCUGGAAUACUGCCCCAGCCUGUCUGCCAUGCAGAAACACAUGAAGGGCCACAAGCCAGAGGAGAUCCCCACUGACUGGAGGAUAGAGAAGACCUAUCUCUACCUUUGCUAUGUUUAAGGGACAUGGAGGGGGAAGAUUUUAAGUCAUGAAGGACUGGGCAAAAAAAUGCAUCAUCCAUGGCCUUUUAUUCUAUUGUUUACUAAAGGGAUUCUCGGUUUUUGUUUCUGGCUCGUGAGGUGUUUGUGUGGGGGAGGGGGAAUAAUUCCCUUUUUAAUUUGGGGGUUCUCUGUGCAGUCAAUGAGAAAACGCAUCCGAAUCGAGCCAUAGCCAAAUAUCUGCUCAUGUUUUGUGACGACGCAUGUCAAGGGCUUUGGAAAGAGCAGGUGAAAUGUCGCUGGGUGGGAGGGGAAGGGGCAGUCCCAGCGCAAGCUUUGGGGUCUGAGAUUUUUGGGUUUGAAUUUUUUUGUCCUGUUUUUGCCACAUUUGCUUAAUUUACUCAGGCCUCAUCUACAUUUAAAAAUGAGGGCAGCCUACCUACCCUCAGUCAUCAGCUUUAUUCAGCUGCCUUCUCGUGCAACCUCACCAGUAGGUGGCAGUGUAACGCCUAUUGUUAAAAUCCCCUUCAGAGGUUUUCCCCAAAAAUUAGAUCGAACGUCCCUGUCUUUGGGGUACUCAGAAAUACCAGGGCAGAUGAUGCGCAGCAUGACAGGCUGUAUGCUCUGGAGGUUUGUUGGUCGUGCUAAUAAUGUGGCAGGUCACAUUGCAGUCAAGAUUUCCCCAAGUAACUAGUGAGUUGGGGAGCCUGGCAUUUUUUUGCCUGCCCGACUUGAGACGCCCUGAAUUUCAGAACAUGCUGAUCACCCUCGUCGGUGACUCCAGCCGGGCAGCCGGAAUCACUAGUCAGUCUGGCAGAGCUUGGCGUAAGUAAAGGCACAACCGGAAUUUUCCUCAGGAGGGGGCCCAGGGAGACGACCCCUUUGGAGCCGGCAUCGGCCCCAGGUGGAGAAGACGGUGGGCUGUAGGUGCCCGUGGGCGCAGCAUGGCUCAGUUUGGUGUGUGGCUCUCGGAGAACAGAGCCAGCAACAGGCAAGUUUGUGGGGCUGCAGCCAGGGGAAGAAGUAGUGGAAUGUGCCACGCCUGGGCACCAAUGCCAGGGCAGGGCACAUCACAGGCAGCACAGGGCGGGAAGGUACCAUGCAGCCCCAUGGGCAUCCAGUGCCCCCAUUCCCCGUGAAAAGCCCUGGCAUCAAGGCUGCAGCCCUUUUCCUCCCUCCCUGCUCGGGAAAUGCCGGGGCCUCCCCUCCCAGCCAGCAGCACCAGGACUCUGGCCGGGGUUCUCCCGUUGGGCACCCCACCCAUUACCUCCUGGGUGCAUGGCAAGUCCCUGGCCGCUGGGCCACCCUGAACUGCUAUCUGGAGUAUGGGUGGCCGUAGCUGGGUCUCUCCUCAGAUCCAGCCAAGGGAAGGCUGUCCCCUGGCCCAUGUUGCACCUGCUUGGGCAUAAGUAAAAUAAACCUGAACUUUGCUACAGUUUUCCCCCCCUCCCCCACUGCCCCUGGGCUGCUGUGUUUCAGAUGGCAGAUAGUUUCCUGAAAACGUUUUCAGAUUUUAUUAAUAAAAUCUGAAAACAAACGGUUUUGGAGAAAAUGAAUUUGAAUAAAAAUUCAAUUUGAAGGAAACUAUUAAAAUAAAUUUGACGAUGGAAACUAAGUGAGCUUCAGAUUGCUUGCAUGCCUCUUAGUGCAGGGUGUCAGGAGCAUGCUGGCGAGUUAGACUAGGAUAGUAAUUCUCCUGCUGCACAGGACAGGUAGGGUGACUUCUCAACCUAGUAUGGAGCAUGCCUUCAGAGUGCCCCCCUCAAUCAGACUCCUCAAUUAGCAAAGUUCUUGUUACGUUACCACUUGGAACGAUCGGAAACUGACCGCUGUUGAACCUCUCGUUCGUGCACAGAAAGUUGCCCUGGAUGUUUUGAUCAAUGUCACUGCUCCUCUUAUGGCCAACUCCGUUGGUGCUGGUGGUUGUCCCGCUAUAAUAAAAGCUACUUGGGUAUUUUGGGCCAAAGCCAGUCUGUUCAAGAGCUUAGAACUUGGCUGCAAAAAUUGCCUCUAGGCUGUAACCCUCUCUCCUGACCAAAGACCUUUCUAUGCAUUUUUUUUUCUUUUUUUGAGGGGAGGGAAUUAGAACCAGAUCAAAAGGGCAAAAACUUCCAGCCUGUUUGUCAAAUCCCAGUGGUUGGACAAGUGUGUCUUCAGAUGAGGGAGUCACAGUUCAAGAUGCUCUUAAACUGCCCCCUGGUGCCUGGGUAUUGCCAGGGGUCUGAAGGAAUGAUGGGUGAGCUCGUAUUCCCUCCUCCUGCAGGCACAUGCAAUAUAUCCCCCUGGCUUGCAAUGCGUUACAGUGACUCAGGCUGGUUAAAUGCUAACCUGUCCGUUUGGCCUAAAUUUGUCAGAGAUUUGAGGAUUGGGGAGUAAUUCACAAGUUCAGGUGAUGGAUUUUGUAUGUAUCCUGCUGCUCAGUAGCUCACUUUUGUGUCUCCGCUUAUGCUACGCCUUGCAAUUCAACAGUGCUCUUCUUUUUUUAAAGUAAGAGUCCUUUAGAAACCAUCCCAUCUGGCUGCAAGAGCUUUGCUCUGAAUGGGGAGAUGCGUUUGGUUUUGGGUUUGUUUUCCAUGUUUCAUAACAGAAACAUACCAAUUAAUUUUUUUGCUCAGCCCUCUGUCCAGGAAGCUAUGAAGGAGUGAAUGGUAAAAGACGGCUUUUCUUUGUGUUUGGCUUUGGGGGGUUUCGUUUUUGUUUUAAUUUUGAAUAUUUCUGUUUAGCACAUUUUACUUGAAGUUACCUCGGUUUUUUGUGACCUCAUGAGCUUUUAUUGCUGGGUUGGAGGUUUUUGUUUUGUUAAAUGGAUGGGUUGUUUAAAAGGCCAUGCCGCAGAUCGGUGACAUGCGGUGUAAGAAUCGCAUGCUCGGUGAGUGCAAAAGUGCCACGACAGCCGCAAAAGUAAUUUUACGGUGGUUUUUGUGCAUUAUCAUUACCAAAAUUGGUAUUUUUUUAACGGCCUGCCUUGACAGAGCUGGGGUCGUUGAUUCUGAAAGCUACCUCUUAUGUUUGGUUUUUGUUUUUAUUUUGCAGUUAUGAAAGCACAUUUUGCAAUAUUUGUGUUCGCUUUGUGAUGUCAUUUCAAUUUUCAUCUCAUGCUUUACUUGCAAUUGUAUAUUAUUUUGUAACUUAGCUGCAUUUAUAUUAAACAAAAAAAAGUUAGGGAAGCGUUUUGUAGAUGGAAGUAAAGGGAAAAAAAUGAGGGGUGUUAUACUGCUGUGCCCACCCUACCCCCAACCUUGUCUCAACUGUCAGGAAAAAUUUGAAGGCCUUAAAACUGGGGGAAAUAACUUCAUGUGACAGUGGAGCAGGGUAACUUACCGUUUAGUGAAGAUUUAGUGCUUUGAAAAGGAAAGAGUUAAACUUGAAUAUGUGACUAGAACAGUAGAGUCUUGUUUAUAAUGUGAAAAAUGUGAGUAUAAAAUCACUUAGGGCAGAACUUGGAUAAAUAAAUAUGCACUAACGCAUCAAUUUUGCGUUAGCCAGCGAUGGCCAUGAGAUAAUCUCCGUCUCAAAACUAAACCUGAUGUCAAAAAUGUUUAAGGUAUUCCACAAAAUGAACCCAUUCUUCACAUCCACCCCGUCCCCCAUUCACCAAGCUGAAAGGGUUGAACUGAUAUUUACAAAGUGUAAUAUUUUUGUAAUAUUUGUUAGUCCCUGUGUCAGUUUCCACAGGACCUUGCCCUUCCUUUUGUAAUGUGAACAGGAAUUGUGUGUGCGUGCGUAUGCGUGUGUGUAUGCUUUUUGUGCGUGUGGUUGUGUAUUAAAUCAUGCAGUAUUGUUGUAAUCCAGUGUUGCAGCUUUGGAUGGUACUAAAUCAAAAUAUUGCAACUUCAAAAUCACAUGCAGGAAAUGUAUGCAAACAUGCAUGUCAAAUGCAGAUUUCCUACAUCUGCUAACAGAGGCUUGAGGUAGAGUGGGGAACAGGCAGUACUGUAGGUAUUGAUGACUUAACAAUAAUUUCUUUUUAUUGUUUGGAGUUACAUUACUCCUUGGCAAUCAUCAGUUGUAUUUACUGUUAACUGCAGAGAAGCAAAUUCUUCCUCAACCCGCCAAUCUAAAAAAUAUUAUUUGCUGUUGAAUGUUAGAGGAUAUGUGAAGGCAGUUCAGAUGCGUCAGGGGCAGAGCACAAACACGUACAGAAGUAGACAGGGUGACAGACUUCACAUGGAGCUCAGGCAAACAUGAACAGGUCUGGAAUUUAGGGUGAAUCUAGCUACGUUCUCCCUCCUUCCAUUAGAGAGCACAAUCUUACGGGGCGGGCAGGGGGAACAGGGGAAAAUAUUGUGUGCAGUUUUAUCUUCAGAGCAGCAUCACUUUGCUCCGUUGGCCAGGUCAGUAAUUUCCGUUUUAGAUAGUCAGUUACCAUUUUGAACACCGCUUAUCACAGUAUAUAGUACUCUUUGUGAAUUAGAAUUGCAACUGCCUUAAACAGUUCUUUCAAAACUUCUCCAAAUGCAAAGCAGAAAACUGGCUAUAUGCACACACCUUACUCUGUUCAUAUCAUCCAUUUUGAACUUGUACCUGGCUGUGUCUGGUGGUGUUUUGGGAAUAAAAUUAGUGUUGUCUCUCAAUUUACACCAUGAAGAUCCUUUUUAUGCAUUACAUAUACAAUACAUAUAUAUAUUAAAGCAUACACGCAGGUGCGUGCGUGCGCGCACACACACACAUAGGAUUGAUAAUAUCUUUGCUGUUUUGUGUUGGGAAUGGGAAGCAGAACACAUGCUGAUUUAGUACAAUCCAGGUUGUAACUCUGGAGAAUGGCUUGUUUAAUCUUUGUGCCUGAAAACAGUUUUUCACAUUUAAAAGAAAAAAAAAUUGCUGCGAUUUCUCACAAGUAUAUGGUACCUUUUUGCAGUAAAUUGGUACUGCUGGCUGGGGGGAUGUCAUGGUACAAUGGAGCAAACAACUAAUUUUCCAACACAAUUUAUUUUCCAUUGGAAGACCCUCUCUUCCUCCUCGCCCCCACUCCCCCCCCCCCCCCCGGUGUUGGCACAUUUUGGCUGCACCACCUGGCACUGUGCAAACUGAAGUUUGUUUCCUACCAGACCCAAAAAUUUCAAAAUCAGGGAUGUUUUAAAUUUAAAGACCAGAACUUUUGUUGAGUAAAAACUCAUCAGACAAAAUGAGAACACUUGAUUACUUUUCACUCCACUUACAUCUCAUUGGUCUCCCCUUGUCCGUCCCCGCCCCAUCCUCCUCAUCGGGACAUCUGCUUCUGUGGGUGUCAUUCCAAGACUGCUUUAACCCAUAGGACAGAAAAGAGGGUUGACCAAAAAAAGGCAGCAAAUUCACCUCCAACACACAGCUUUGAAAUAUCAUUCCAAUGAAUGUGGCUGAUGAGAAGUCUCUGGUCCCAUGACAUCCUUCCGCACUGAGUACCAACCUUUUGGUGUGCAUCAUAGUAUUUGUUUCACAUAGUGUUAUGUAUGCAUGAUCUUUUAAGGCUAAGAAGCCAUGGUAAAGCUCCAUGACAUCUAUCCAUAUAUAUAUAUAAUUAUAUAUAUGUAUAUUAUAGCACUGAGGACCAACUGCCCUGCUGGACCAAGCAAACGAAGGCUUGUUUUCAUUGCUUGUCUUUUAUGUCGUGACAGCACAAGUGCCAGUCUGAUCGCUCUGUAUUAAAAAUAGUGUUUUUAAUUAAUUGAUGUUAUAGUUCUGUCUACCUCAGCACCUCCUGUUAGCCUAAUUUUAGAAGGUGCCCAAUUUUUGUUUGUUUGUUUUUUCAGAUUAUUGGUUACUAUUUUUUGUACAAAUCUUCUGUUUGUUUUCUCGUUCUGUUCAUUUCUUUUGCAGCACUGCUUGCGAGUCCGUUCUCUAGCCACAGAUGCAGUUAGCUAAAAAUUUAAAAAGGAAAAAAAAAAUUUCCCAAAUUGUGAUGUCUCCUAGUUGCAGCUCUCCGCAUCUGCCUUCGUUCUGUGUAGAUUCAGAUGCAUUUCUUUGUAAAACUUCAGUGUUUCUGACAGAGGAAAAGAAAAAAAGAAAAAAAAAGAAUUUACUGCUGCAGGUUUUUUUUCUCUCCAUGUGUCACUAAGUGAAGUUCGUGCCUUCUAUAGCAAAGAGAAUAUUUUUUACAUCCUACUAACAGUAGAUUUUUUUGUAGUGAACAUUUUUUGUAUUUUUAUUUAUAAGUCUCAUAAGAAAAAUAGCAAUGUUCAGUUGUAUACCUUGAAUCUGCAGUUAGAAAAAAAAAUAAUAAAGUUAAUUCAGUCGUCUCUG